CAACAACGAUCGUCGGAAACUGCUGUAUUAACUCUACGGAACAAGCCCGAUCUUCUUUUGGCCGCCUCUGACAGCGUUGAUCAAAGUCAGGUUCAGCUCAUCCGAAAUCGUCUUACUGUUCUCCACUUUCACGAAGUAGUAUUGUCUGAGAAUUUCUUUAUUCGAUGUUUCGGAUUUCGAAUCCUGACCAUGGACACUAAAUCUGUACGCAUUCCUGCACAUCUAUCUAUGUCAUCAUAGCUCGUGAUGGCUGACACAAGACACCUCCUACUGUCUGAGACACUAGCAUACCAGAAACAUGCGCUGCAUGUUGUCGAUGUGUCUUUGAACACGGCUGUAGAGCAAGGAUGAGACUUGCAACUAGUAGCCAUAGUCAGUUGACCGUACUGAAUGGACGCUGUACCAGCGACUUAAAACCAUGGAAGCCAUUGCGCUCCAAGUAGACAAGGUAACACACAAUUGUAAUCUUCUCCUUCUCAACAAUCACAAAUCCAUAUGUCAUACCACUACGACGUCUGCGACGAUUACAACGAGAGUUAUGGCGAAGCUCACACCAACUGGCCGAUCGUUCAAGCAAAUCAGCAGCUUAUCAAGAACGAUCAAGCUUUGAGGACAAAGUUGAAGGAGGCCGGCAAGAACGUUCCAAAAUAUCUCUUUCGCAUGUGGGAUGCGCGUUGGGGUGGUAGUCCCAAGUUGAACACCACAAGAGCCAUCACACCCCUCGCCUUCGCUUCUUCGCGCGGUCAUAAAUCGAUCUUCGACAUGACACGCUCAGCGCUCGUGAACAACACGCUUCUGCAUCUUGAAAAUGUACGCGAAGUCGCCUCGGAGUUCUCCUCGUGGUCCCAUCCCCCAUACUUCGCCUUCUACUACGCUCGUCAACGAAGUACCAGUGCUGAUACUGUGCAUGUCGCCAUUAUUGACACCGAGGGAUUGGCCAAGUCCAACAUCGCAAUUCACGUGCCUGCCCUGGGGAAGAUUCUUGGGCAGCUGGAUGGCUAUGGCUACGAGGAAGAGUAUCUUGUUCAUGGUGUGAUUGAGGGACAGUUCUAUAAGGCAGUGUCUUACCGCGAUCUAUGUCGCCUAGGCUUGACAGAGCAUCUACCUGCCUUGAACAUAGACUUGAACCCGUUCGAAGUCGAUGAGUAUCGCGCCCUACCAGGCGAGGACGAGGAAUACCACAUCGAUGAGCUGCAUCAACUGAGGAAGAUUGCUCUUCCACAUGGUAAUACGUUCUCCCUCCCGAUCGCCAUUGUUCUCUUCUGUUGCAAAAAGCGUCCUGAGUCCUGGGCAAAACUUGAUCCUGCUGACCUUGAAACUAUCAUCAGAAUACUUGGUGGCUGGGAGGAAAUCCCUCUAGAAUGGUGCGGUUCUCGAAGCGUGUUUGGAGGUCAAGGCGAGGACUACAACGAAGUCUAUCCAAAGGGUUGGGAAGUCAACAACCAGGUGCGAUACCUUAUGCAUUCAAUCCACACCCUCUGCUACGGUAAAGGAGCCAGAGGAAAUGAGGCUCGAUACAAUGCGGCAAACACAAAGGCUGAAGCUGGCCAGUGCUCUGUCGCUGAUGCAAUGGCUUCUAUGAGUGUCAAUGGCAACAACUCGAGAUCAUUCCAGGAAGCAAGUCUAAUCCGAACGCCUACUUGGAAGGGUGCUCAAGGACGUCGAAGACAGAGGUAAACAUUGCUGUCACCGAGUCGACACCGACGGCAGGAUUGUAAGCAAGAGCAAUGACGAGCUUGGAGACAAUGAGUUUGUGCUCUGAAAUCACAAUGUCCGAAGGUCAGUCUUGCUGGGAGCGAAAAUAUUCAUUGCCUUGAUGGGCAUUUUUGACAGCGCGAGUGGUUCCGGGAUUUUGUUUCAUGGUUUUUCAUCGGCACAGGG